AUGAUGCUAUAUUGUUUUCCGUGCUUUCUUUUUGCUAAGGAACCUUCAAUCAAUACGGGUUCAAAUGCUUUUAUUGAGAAUGGUUUCAGGAAUUGGAAGAAAGUAAAUAGUGGAAAAGAAUGUGCUCUUUUGAAUCACAUUAGCAAAGGUCCUAACUCAUUCCAUCAUAAGGCGCUGAAAUCAUGUGAUGAUUUGAUGAAACAAUCACAACAUAUCGACAGACUUCUUCAUAAGCAAACAUCAGAAGAGAUUGAAAAGAAUCGAAUUCGACUAGGAGCAUCUAUAGAUUGCAUUAGAUGGUUGAUAUUUCAAGGUUGUGCAUACAGAGGACAUGAUGAAAGCCAAAGUUCAAGCAACAGAGGUAACUUUUUGGAAAUGUUGAAAUUUUUGGGAUCUUACAAUGAAAGAGUGAAAAAGAAUGUUUUGGAAAAUGCUCCAAAAAAUGCUAAAUAUACUUCAAAUGAUGUUCAAAAAGAAAUUCUACAUAUUCUUGCUACUAAGGUGAGAAAUUCAAUUAGAGAAGAGAUUGGAGAUGCCAAAUUUUGUAUUAUUGUUGAUGAAGCUAUAUAUGAAUCUAAAAAGGAGCAAAUGGCCAUUGUUUUGAGAUUUGUUGCUCUAGAUGGUUUUGUUAAAGAGAAAUUCUUUGAUCUUGUGCAUGUCACUGAUACUUGUGCAACAACUUUAAAGAAAGAAUUGAUUUCUGUCAUUUCUCAUUAUAAUCUCCAAGUUGAAAAUAUUAGGGGUCAAGGGUAUGAUGGUGCUAGCAACAUGCGGGGUGAGUGGAAUGGUUUGCAAGCUUUGUUUCUUAAAGAUUCUCCACAAGCAUACUAUGUACAUUGUUUUGCUCAUAGGUUACAAUUAGCAUUGGUGGCAGCUUCAAGAGAGGUACUUCAAAUUCAUGAAUUUUUUACUCAAUUAAACUCUAUUGUCACUAUUGUUAGUGCUUCUUCAAAAAGACAUGAUAAAUUACAAGAAGCUCAAGCAAUUGAAAAUGCAAACUUGGUUGCUCAAAAUGAAUUAGAAACAGGCAAAGGUGCGAAUCAAAUAAGCACUUUACAAAGAACUGGGGAUACUCGAUGGAGCUCUCACUUUAAUUCUAUUUGCAGUUUGGUAAAAAUGUUUACUGCUACCAACAUUGUUCUCAAUAAUAUCAUUGAAGACGGGACAACUUAUGCACAAAGAGGUGAGGCUUAUGGUGUUAGUAAAAUAUUAUUGUCAUUUGAAUUUGUUUUCACUUUGCACUUGAUGAAAGAGAUUAUGGGAAUCACUAAUGUUCUUUGCCAAGCACUGCAACAACAAUCUCAAGAUAUUCUUAAUGCAAUGCAUAUUGUUUCUACAUCAAAGUUACUUCUUCAACAAUUAAGGGAUGGUGGAUGGUGCAAUUUUCUUGCAAAUGUUAAAGAUUUUUGUGAAAAGCAUGAAAUUGAAGUCCCUAAUAUGAGUGCACAAUAUGUUUUUGGAAGAGGUCGAUCUCGUCAACCAAGUGUGACAGUUGAGCAUCAUUAUCGAAUAGAUAUAUUCUUGGCAACAAUUGACUCUCAAAUACAAGAGUUGAAUAGUAGAUUUAAUGAGCAAACAAUAGAGCUUUUGACUUUGAGUUGUGCUUUGGAUCCUAAGGACAAUUUCAAAUCAUUUAAUAUUAAAGAAAUUAGCAAGUCAGCAGAGAAGUUUAUCCCCUUGACUUUCCUUCUAAUGAGCUAA